GUCUGAGGGCCGGCUGGAGUGUGGGCUGCUAGGUGGGAACUGUUGGUCCUGGGCCUGCUGAAGGAGGUGAGAUCAGGCAGCCCCCGCCCCACCACCUAGACCCCUGCCUGGGCACUGCCUGGCGUCUCUGUUGAAGGUCCCCCGCCUCCCAACACCAUGGACCACUCCUCAUUCAGCGGAGCGCCCCGCUUCCUCACCAGGCCCAAGGCCUUCGUGGUGUCCGUGGGAAAGGACGCCACCCUGAGCUGCCAGAUCGUGGGCAACCCCAGCCCGCAGGUGAGCUGGGAGAAGGACCGGCUGCCGGUGGAGCAGGGCGCGCGCUUCCGCCUGGCCCAGGACGGCGACGUGUACCGCCUCACCAUCCUGGACCUGGCGCUGGGCGACAGCGGGCAGUACGUGUGCCGCGCGCGCAACGCCAUCGGCGAGGCCUUCGCGGCCGUGGGCCUGCAGGUGAACUCGGAGGCGGCGUGCGCCGAGCAGGCGCCGCACUUCCUGCUGCGGCCCACGUCCAUCCGCGUGCGCGAGGGCGCCGAGGCCACCUUCCGCUGCCGCGUGCGCGGCUCGCCGCCCAUGGCCGUGAGCUGGGCCAAGGACGGGCGGCGCCUGGGGGAGCCCGACGCGCCCCGGGUGCGCGUGGAGGCCAGCGGCGAGGCGAGCGCGCUGCGCAUCCAGGCGGCGCGGCCGCGCGACGGCGGCACCUACACGGUGCGCGCCGAGAACCCGCUGGGCGCCGCGAGCGCCGACGCGGCGCUCACGGUGGACGCGGACGCGGACGCGGCGGGCCCGCCCGGGGCCUCCACCGCCGCGCUCCUGGCGCACCUGCAGCGGCGGCGCGAGGCCAUGCGCGCCGACGGCGCCCCCGCUUCGCCGCCCGCGGGCGGCACGCGCACCUGCACGGUGACGGAGGGCAAGCACGCGCGCCUCAGCUGCUACGUGACGGGCGAGCCCAAGCCCGAGACGGUGUGGAAGAAGGACGGGCAGCUGGUGGCCGAGGGCCGGCGCCACGUGGUGUACGAGGACGCGCAGGAGAACUUCGUGCUCAAGAUUCUCUUCUGCAAGCAGUCGGACCGCGGCCUCUACACCUGCACGGCGUCCAACCUGGUGGGCCAGACCUACAGCUCCGUGCUGCUCGUGGUGCGAGAGCCCGCCGUGCCCUUCAGGGAGCGGCUGAAGGACGUGGAGGUGCGGGAGAAGGAGUCGGCCACGUUUCGUUGCGAGGUGCCGCAGGCCGCCACACAGGCCACCUGGUACAAGGAGGAGACGCGGCUGUGGGCCAGUGCCAAGUACGGCAUCGAGGAGGCAGGCACCGAGCGCCGCCUGACUGUGCGCGAUGUCUCCGCGGAUGACGACGCUGUCUAUGUGUGCGAGAUGGCCGAGGGCAGCCGAACGGUGGCCGAGCUCUCAGUGCAAGGCAACCUCAUCCGGAAGCUCCCUAGGAAGACUGCAGUUCGCGCUGGUGACACGGCCAUGUUCUGGGUGGAGUUGGCCAAGCCCGAGGGCCCCAUUCGCUGGCUGCGCAACCAGGAAGAGGUGGUGCCUGGAGGCCGUGUGAGCAUCACUAGCGAGGGCUCCUGUCAUACGCUGACCAUCUCCCAAUGCAGCCUGGAGGACAUGGGCGAGGUGGUGUUUGUGGCUGGGGAUUGCCGGACCUCCACCCAGUUCUGUGUGUCAGCCCCCAGGAAGCCGCCUCUGUAUGCCCCAGAGACUCCUGUGGUGAAAUCCAAGACGGAGGGCUCUGUGACUCUCAGCUGGUCCCCACCACCACAUGGGGACCGCCCUGUUCCCAUCAAUGGCUAUCUGGUGGAGAAGAGAAGACUUGGAGCCUAUGCCUGGAGCCGAUGCCACGAGGCUGAAUGGGUAGCCACGUCUGAACUGACCAUAGCGAGUGUGGCCCAGGAAGGGGACUAUCAGUUCCGGGUGUCAGCUGUGAACAACUUUGGCCAGAGCCCCUACCUUGAGUUCCCAGGGACCAUCCACCUGACUCCCCAGCUGGCCGUGAAGACACCCCUAAAGGCAGUGGAGGCAGUGGAGGGCAGUGAGGUGACCUUUUCUGUGGACCUCACUUUGGUCUCGAUGGGCGAGUGGUUCCUGGAUGGGCAAGUCCUGAAGGCCAGUAACGUAUACGAGAUCCGCUGUGAUGGCACCCGGCACAUCCUCACCAUCCGUGCAGUGCCCGCGAGCCUGCAUGGUGCUGAGCUCAAGUUUGUGGCCAACGGCAUUGAGAGCAGUAUCCGCAUGGAGGUCCGAGCUGCCCCAGAACUGCCCACAAAGCAUCCAGCAGCUGCACAGGAGGUGCUUGUCCGACUGCAUGAGGAGGCACAGCUACUGGCUGAGCUGUCAGACCAGGCUGCGGCUGUGACGUGGCUGAAGGAUGGCCACGUACUGCCCCCAGGCCCCAAGUAUGAAGUGCAGGCCAUGGACAGUCGGCGGGUGUUAUUGGUGCGGGACGUGGUGCGGGACGAUGCUGGUCUCUAUGAGUGUGUCAGCCGUGGGGACCGUCUUGCCUACCAGCUGUCUGUGCAAGGGCUUAUAUCUUUCCUGCACAAAGAUACGACGGGGGGCUGUGUGGAUGCAGUGGCUGGGGGCCCUGUCUACUUUGAGUGUCAGACCUCGGAGUCCCAGGCUCAUGUGUGCUGGUACAAGGAUGGCAAAGAGCUCAGCCGUUCCAGCCAGCACUUCACAUGGGAGGACCAGGGCACGUGGCACCGGCUGCGAGCUACCUCUGUUACCAGGCAGGAUGAGGGCACUUACUCGUGCCGUGUGGGCGAGGACUCUGUGGACUUCCAACUGUGUGUCCGUGAGCCGAAGGUGGUGUUUGCCAAGGAGCAGGCAGCAGGCCAGGUGGUGCAGGCCGAGGCGGGGGCCAGCGCCACCCUGAGCUGCGAGGUGACCCAGGCCCAGACAGAGGUGACGUGGUUCAAGGAUGGGAAGAAGCUGAGCGGGAGCUCGAAGGUGCGUGUGGAGGCCCAGGGCUGCACGCGGCGGCUGGUGGUGCAGCAGGCGGGGAAGGCGGAUUCUGGGGAGUACAGCUGUGAGGCCGGGGGCCAGAAGCUCUCCUUCCGCCUGGACGUCACAGAGCCGAAGGCGGUGUUUGCCCAGGAGCAGGCAGCAGGCCAGGUGGUGCAGGCCGAGGCGGGGGCCAGCGCCACCCUGAGCUGUGAGGUGGCCCAGGCCCAGACAGAGGUGACGUGGUUCAAGGACGGGAAGAAGCUGAGCGGGAGCUCGAAGGUGCGUGUGGAGGCCCAGGGCUGCACGCGGCGGCUGGUGGUGCAGCAGGCGGGGAAGGCGGAUUCUGGGGAGUACAGCUGUGAGGCCGGGGGCCAGAAGCUCUCCUUCCGCCUGGACGUCACAGAGCCCAAGGCAGUGUUUGCUCAGGAAAAACCAGAAGGCAGGAAGGUGCAGGCCGAGGCGGGGGCCAGCGCCACCCUGAGCUGCGAGGUGGCCCAGGCCCAGACAGAGGUGACGUGGUUCAAGGACGGGAAGAAGCUGAGCGGGAGCUCGAAGGUGCGUGUGGAGGCCCAGGGCUGCACGCGGCGGCUGGUGGUGCAGCAGGCGGGGAAGGCGGAUUCUGGGGAGUACAGCUGUGAGGCCGGGGGCCAGAAGCUCUCCUUCCACCUGGAUGUCACAGAGCCGAAGGCGGUGUUUGCCAAGGAGCAGGCAGCAGGCCAGGUGGUGCAGGCCGAGGCGGGGGCCAGUGCCACCCUGAGCUGCGAGGUGGCCCAGGCCCAGACAGAGGUGACGUGGUUCAAGGACGGGAAGAAGCUGAGCGGGGGCUCGAAGGUGCGUGUGGAGGCCCAGGGCUGCACGCGGCGGCUGGUGGUGCAGCAGGCGGGGAAGGCGGAUUCUGGGGAGUACAGCUGUGAGGCCGGGGGCCAGAAGCUCUCCUUCCGCCUGGACGUCACAGAGCCGAAGUCGGUGUUUGCCAAGGAGCAGCCAGCAAGCAAAGAGGUGCAGGCCGAGUCGGGGGCCAGCGCCACCCUGAGCUGCGAGGUGGCCCAGGCCCAGACAGAGGUGACGUGGUUCAAGGACGGGAAGAAGCUGAGCGGGAGCUCGAAGGUGCGUGUGGAGGCCCAGGGCUGCACUCGGCGGCUGGUGGUGCAGCAGGCGGGGAAGGCGGAUUCUGGGGAGUACAGCUGUGAGGCCGGGGGCCAGAAGCUCUCCUUCCGCCUGGACGUCACAGAGCCGAAGGUGGUGUUUGCCAAGGAGCAGCCAGCAAGCAAAGAGGUGCAGGCCGAGGCGGGGGCCAGCGCCACCCUGAGCUGCGAGGUGGCCCAGGCCCAGACAGAGGUGACGUGGUUCAAGGACGGGAAGAAGCUGAGCGGGAGCUCGAAGGUGCGUGUGGAGGCCCAGGGCUGCACGCGGCGGCUGGUGGUGCAGCAGGCGGGGAAGGCGGAUUCUGGGGAGUACAGCUGUGAGGCCGGGGGCCAGAAGCUCUCCUUCCGCCUGGACGUCACAGAGCCCAAGGUGGUGUUUGCCAAGGAGCAGGCAGCAGGCCAGGUGGUGCAGGCCGAGGCGGGGGCCAGUGCCACCCUGAGCUGCGAGGUGGCCCAGGCCCAGACAGAGGUGACGUGGUUCAAGGACGGGAAGAAGCUGAGCGGGGGCUCGAAGGUGCGUGUGGAGGCCCAGGGCUGCACGCGGCGGCUGGUGGUGCAGCAGGCGGGGAAGGCGGAUUCUGGGGAGUACAGCUGUGAGGCCGGGGGCCAGAAGCUCUCCUUCCGCCUGGACGUCACAGAGCCGAAGGCGGUGUUUGCCAAGGAGCAGGCAGCAGGCCAGGUGGUGCAGGCCGAGGCGGGGGCCAGCGCCACCCUGAGCUGCGAGGUGGCCCAGGCUCAGACAGAGGUGACGUGGUUCAAGGACGGGAAGAAGCUGAGCGGGAGCUCGAAGGUGCGUGUGGAGGCCCAGGGCUGCACGCGGCGGCUGGUGGUGCAGCAGGCGGGGAAGGCGGAUUCUGGGGAGUACAGCUGUGAGGCCGGGGGCCAGAAGCUCUCCUUCCGCCUGGACGUCACAGAGCCCAAGGUGCUGUUUGCCAAGGAGCAGCCAGCAGGCAAAGAGGUGCAGACCGAGGCGGGGGCCAGCGCCACCCUGAGCUGCGAGGUGGCCCAGGCCCAGACAGAGGUGACAUGGUUCAAGGACGGGAAGAAGCUGAGCGGGAGCUCGAAGGUGCGUGUGGAGGCCCAGGGCUGCACGCGGCGGCUGGUGGUGCAGCAGGCGGGGAAGGCGGAUUCUGGGGAGUACAGCUGUGAGGCCGGGGGCCAGAAGCUCUCCUUCCGCCUGGACGUCACAGAGCCGAAGGCGGUGUUUGCCAAGGAGCAGGCAGCAGGCCAGGUGGUGCAGGCCGAGGCGGGGGCCAGCGCCACCCUGAGCUGCGAGGUGGCCCAGGCCCAGACAGAGGUGACGUGGUUCAAGGACGGGAAGAAGCUGAGCGGGAGCUCGAAGGUGCGUGUGGAGGCCCAGGGCUGCACGCGGCGGCUGGUGGUGCAGCAGGCGGGGAAGGCGGAUUCUGGGGAGUACAGCUGUGAGGCCGGGGGCCAGAAGCUCUCCUUCCGCCUGGACGUCACAGAGCCCAAGGUGGUGUUUGCCAAGGAGCAGCCAGCAGGCAAAGAGGUGCAGGCCGAGGCGGGGGCCAGCGCCACCCUGAGCUGCGAGGUGGCCCAGGCCCAGACAGAGGUGACAUGGUUCAAGGACGGGAAGAAGCUGAGCGGGAGCUCGAAGGUGCGUGUGGAGGCCCAGGGCUGCACACGGCGGCUGGUGGUGCAGCAGGCGGGGAAGGCGGAUUCUGGGGAGUACAGCUGUGAGGCCGGGGGCCAGAAGCUCUCCUUCCGCCUGGACGUCACAGAGCCGAAGGCGGUGUUUGCCCAGGAGCAGGCAGCAGGCCAGGUGGUGCAGGCCGAGGCGGGGGCCAGUGCCACCCUGAGCUGCGAGGUGGCCCAGGCCCAGACAGAGGUGACGUGGUUCAAGGACGGGAAGAAGCUGAGCGGGAGCUCGAAGGUGCGUGUGGAGGCCCAGGGCUGCACGCGGCGGCUGGUGGUGCAGCAGGCGGGGAAGGCGGAUUCUGGGGAGUACAGCUGUGAGGCCGGGGGCCAGAAGCUCUCCUUCCGCCUGGACGUCACAGAGCCCGAGCCCCCUGCUGCAGAGAGGCCAGGUCGCAGGGAGCCACUGGUGGUCAGGGAGCAUGAGGACAUCGUCCUGUCAGCCACACUGGCUGCCCCCUCUGCGGCCACAGUGAUUUGGCUGAAAGAUGGGGUGGAGAUUCGUCGCGGCAAACGGCAUGAGAUGGCCAGCCAGGGGGACAUCCACACCCUGACGGUGCGGGGUGCCCAGAGCCUGGACAGUGCUGUAUACAGCUGUCGAGUGGGUGCCAGUGGGCAGGACUUCCCAGUGCAGGUGGAAGAGGUAGCUGCCAAGUUCUCUAGGUCUCUGGAGUCUGUGAGUGGGAAGCUGGGUGGCGCUGUGACCUUCUCCUGUGAGCUGAGCCCUGAGCAGGCUGAGGUGGUGUGGCGCUGUGGGAACACGCAGCUGCGGCCUGGCAAGCGCUUCCAGAUGGUGGCAGAGGGACCCCGACGCAUGCUCACGGUGUCGGGCUUGCGGGCAGACGAUGCGGGCGAGUAUGUCUGCGAGAGCCGUGACGACCGCACCAGUGCCCAUCUUGUGGUCAGCGUUCCCCGUGAGGUCAAGUUCGUGUCUGGGCUGAGUGCCCUGGUUGCAGAGGAGGGCUGUGAGGCUACCUUCCAGUGUGUGGUGUCCCCUGCCGAUGCUCUGGUCACUUGGUUCCGGGAGGGUGCCCAGCUGCAGCCCAGCACCAAGUUUGUCAUAUCGCAGAGUGGCGGCAGCCAUAGCCUGACCAUCUCAGGCCUGACCCUGGAGGACGCAGGCCAGAUCUCCGUGGAGGCAGAGGGGGUCACAUCCGUUGCUGCGCUGCGGGUCCGAGAAGCCCCCGUGUUGUUUAAGAAGAAGCUGGAGCCGCAGACAGUGGAGGAGAGGAGCUCGGUGACCAUGGAGGUAGAGUUGACGCGGCCGUGGCCGGAGGUGAAAUGGACACGCAAUGCGGCCACCGUGGCCCCCAGUGAGAAUGUGGAGAUCCAUGCUGAGCAAGUGACCCACCGCCUGGUGCUCCGCAGCGUGGGCUUUGCUGACCGUGGCUUCUAUGGCUGCGAGACGCCAGACGAUAAGACCCAGGCCAAGCUCUCGGUGGAAAUGCGACAGGUCCGGCUUGUGCGGGGCCUGCAGGCUAUGGAGGCACGGGAGCAGGGCAUGGUCACCAUGGAGGUGGAGCUGUCCCACUCGGACGUGGAGGGCAGCUGGACGCGUGACGGCUUGCGACUGCAGUCGGGACCCUUGUGCCAGGUGGCAGCACACGGCACCACCCACACCCUCACCCUUUCCGGGCUGCAGCCUCAGGACGGCGGCCUGAUUGCCUUUAAGGCAGAGGGCGUGCACACUUCCGCACGGCUGGUGGUCACGGAGUUACCUGUGAGGUUCAGCCGCCCGCUGCAGGAUGUGGUUGCCACAGCAAAGGACAAGGUGACCCUGCAGUGUGAGCUCUCACGCCCCAAUGUGGACGUCCGUUGGCUGAAGGAUGGUGUGGAGCUUCAGGCCAGCAAGACGCUAGCCAUGACAUCCCAGGGCACCUGCCGGACCCUGGUUAUUUACCACUGUGAGCCUGGGGACCAGGGUGUGUAUGUGUGUGAUGCCCGUGAUGCUCAGAGCUCUGCCUCCGUGAAGGUGCAAGGUCGAAAUGUCCAGAUGGUCAGGCUCCUGGAGGACGUGGAGGUGAUGGAGAAGGACAGUGCUUCCUUCUCCUGUGAGGUCUCCCAUGAAGAUGUGCCUGCCCAGUGGUUCCGUGAGGGUGUUAAGCUCCGGCAAAGUGACAAUGUGCGCAUUCGCCAAGAAGGAAGGACUUACACUCUCAUCUUCCGGAAAGUCUUGGCAGAAGAUGCGGGGGAAAUAAAAUUUGUAGCAGAAAAUGCAGAGUCUCGAGCUAAACUCCAAGUGAAAGAGCUGCCGGUGACCAUUUUGCGUCCACUGCGGGACAAGAUUGCCAUGGAGAAGCACCGUGGUGUGCUUGAGUGCCAGGUGUCCCGGGCCAGUGCCCAGGUGCGAUGGUUCAAGGGUGGAGUGGAACUGAGACCUGGACCCAGGUACGAAAUGGUCAGUGAUGGCCUCUACCGCAAGUUAGUCAUCAGUGACGUGCAGCCCGAGGACGAGGACACCUACACCUGUGAUGCAGGUGACGUGAAGACCAGCGCCCAGUUCUUUGUGGAAGAGCAGUCCAUCACCAUUGUGCGGGGACUGCAGGACAUGACGGUGAUGGAGCCCGCUCCUGCCUGGUUUGAGUGUGAGACUUCCAUCCCCUCGGUGCGGCCCCCCAAGUGGCUCCUGGGGAAGACGGUGCUGCAGGCAGGGGCAAAUGUGGUCAUGGAGCAGGAAGGCACGGUGCACCGGCUAACCCUGCGGCACACCUGCUCCACCAUGUCUGGGCCGGUACACUUCACCAUCGGCAAGUCCCGCUCCACCGCCCACCUCGUGGUCUCAGACAUCCCCAUGGUGCUGACACGGCCUCUGGAGCCCAAGGCGGGGCGUGAGCAGCAGUCUGUGGUUCUGUCCUGUGACUUCAAGCCGCCCCCCAAGGCUGUGCAGUGGUACAAGGAUGACACACCCCUGGCACCGUCAGACAAGUUCAAGAUGAGACUGGAGGGUCACAUGGCAGAGCUUCGUGUCCUCAGGCUCACACCUGCUGAUGCUGGCGUGUACCGGUGCCAGGCAGGCAGUGCCCAGAGCAGCGCCGAGGUCACCGUGGAAACCCGGGAGGUGACCGUGACACAGCCGCUGCAGGAUGCAGAGGCCACAGAGGAGGGCCGUGUCUGCUUCUCCUGUGAGCUGUCCCACGUGGAUGAGGAGGUGGAGUGGUCGCUCAAUGGGACCCCCCUGUACAACGAUAGCUUUCACGAGAUCACACACGAGGGUCGUCGCCACACCCUGGUGCUAAAGCGAGUCCGGAGGGCGGACACAGGCAUCGUGUGCCUCUCUUCCCCCAAGGUGAUGGCGAGAGCCCACCUGCAGGUUAGAGAGAAGCCAGUGAUGUUCUUGAAGGCCCUGGACGACGUGUCUGUGGAGGAGCAGGGCACGCUGACCCUGCAGUGUGAGGUCUCAGACCCCGAGGCCCGUGUGGUGUGGCGCAAGGACGGCGUGGAGCUGGGUCCCAGCGACAAGUAUGACUUCCAGCAGACCGUGGGCACUCGGGGGCUUGUAGUGCAUGACCUGACCAAGGAUGAUGCCGGCCUGUACACCUGCAGCCUGGGCGUGGAGGAGACCCAGGCCAGGGUCAGCGUGCACGACCUGCAUGUGGGCAUCACCAAGAGGCUGAAGACCAUGGAGGUGGUGGAGGGCCAGGGUUGCAGCUUCGAGUGUGUCCUGUCCCAUGAGAACACCAGUGACACGGCCGUCUGGACAGUUGGUGGGAAGACAGUGGGCAGCUCUGGCCGCUUCCGGGUCACACGCCAGGGCCGCAAAUAUACCCUGACGAUCCGAGAUGCAGAACCUGGCGAUGCUGGAGAGGUGGUCUUCUCCCUGCGAGACCUCACCUCCAAAGCCUCCCUCAUCAUCAAAGAGAGACCGGCGGACGUUACAAAGCCCCUGGAGGAUCAGCAGGCAGCACCAGGCGAGGAUGUGAUGCUGAGCUGUGAGCUGUCCCGGGCGGGUGCCCAGGUGCGCUGGCUGAGGGAUGGGAAGGCCAUUCGCAGGAGUCAGAAGUAUGAGUUGCGCACCGAAGGCACGCAGGCGGUGCUGGUUAUCCACGGUGCCUCCCUCCAGGAUUCGGGGGAGUACACAUGUGAGGCAGAGGCAUCCAAGAGCACAGCCCGCCUCCGAGUGGAAGAGAAGGCAAACCGAUUCACGGAGGAGCUGGCUGACCUGCAGCUUGAGGAGAAGGGCACAGCCACAUUCCAGUGCAAAACAGAGCGGCCUGCGGCCGUGGUGGUCUGGCGCAAGGGCCUCAUGGAGCUGCGCUCCUCAGCAAAGCACACGCUCAGCCAGGAGGGCUUGACCUUGAGGCUUACCAUCAGGGCCCUGGAGAAGGUGGACAGUGACACCUAUACUUGUGACAUUGGCCAGGCUCGCUCCCAGGCCCGGCUUCUAGUGCAAGGCCAGAAAGUACUCAUCUCUGAGGACCUGGAGGAUGCAGAGGUGCAGGAGGGCUCUUCGGCCGUCUUUAGCUGCCGCAUCUCUCCUGCGGACUAUGCACCUGUCCGCUGGUUCUUGGACAAGACGCCUCUUCACAGCAAUGAUCUCAAUGAGCUAGAGGUUCGGCCAGGUGGCUACCAUGUGCUAACGCUGAGGCAGCUGGCGCUCAAGGAUUCUGGCACUGUCCACUUUGAGGCGGGUGACCAGCGAACCUCUGCCUCUCUGCGUGUCAUAGAGAGGCCGAGUGUCUUCUCCCGGGAGCUCACAGAUGUCACCGUUACGGAGGGCGAGGAUCUAACCCUCAGCUGUGAGACCACCACUUUGGACAGCCCCUGCUGGACCAAGGAUGGAAAGGCCCUGCGGCCCUCAGCCAGGUGCCAGCUGAGCCACGAGGGUGGCCGGGCCCAGCUGGUCAUCAAGGCAGCCACCCUGCAGGAUGGUGGUCGCUACAAGUGUGAGGUGGGGGGCGCCUGGAGCAGCUCCAUCGUCAGGGUCCAUGCUCGGCCAGUGCAGUUCCGAGAGGGACUGAAGGACAUGGCAGUGCUGGAGGGAGGUGCUGUGACACUGCGCUGUGUGCUGUCCUCUGUGGCUGCUCCCGUGGAGUGGCGGCGUGGCGAAGAGGUACUGCGGCCAGGGGGCAAGUACAGCCUACGGCAGGAGGGGCCCGUGCUGGAGCUGGUGGUUCGGAACCUGCGGCCGCAGGACAGUGGGCAGUAUUCCUGCCGCUUUGGGGACCAAGUGACAUUGGCCACUCUCACUGUGAAUGCCCAGGCCGCUGAGUUUGUCGGAAGACUGAGAAGCAAGGAGGCUGUGGAAGGGGACACAGCCUCACUGUGCUGUGAGCUGAGCAAGGCGGCCCCCGUGGAGUGGAAGAAGGGAUCGGAGAUCCUCAGGGCUGGGGACAGACUCAGUCUGAGGCAGGAUGGAGCCAUGUGUGAGCUGCAGAUCCGAGACCUGGCCGUGGAGGAUGCCGGGGAGUACUCAUGCGUGUGUGGGCAGGAGCGGACCUCGGCCACGCUGACCGUCAGGGCCCUGCCCGCCAAAUUCACAAAGGGCUUGGGGAAGAAAGAGGCCACAGAAGGGGCCAAGGCCAGCCUGCGCUGUGAGCUGAGCAAGGCGGCCCCCGUGGAGUGGAAGAAGGGGCCUGAGACCCUCAGAGCUGGGGACAGACUCAGCAUGAAGCAGGACGGGGCCGUGUGUGAGCUGCAGAUCCGAGACCUGGUUGUGGAGGAUGCUGGGGAGUACUCGUGUGUGUGUGGGCAGGAGCGGACCUCGGCCACGCUGACCAUCAGGGCCCUGCCCGCCAAAUUCACAAAGGGCUUGAGGAAGGAAGAGGCCACAGAAGGGGCCACGGCAAGCCUGCGCUGUGAGCUGAGCAAGGCGGCCCCCGUGGAGUGGAAGAAGGGGCCUGAGACCCUCAGAGCCGGGGACAGACUCAGCAUGAAGCAGGACGGGGCCGUGUGUGAGCUGCAGAUCCGAGACCUGGUUGUGGAGGAUGCGGGGGAGUACUCGUGUGUGUGUGGGCAGGAGCGGACCUCGGCCACGCUGACCAUCAGGGCUCUGCCCGCCAAAUUCACAAAGAAGUUGAGGAAGGAAGAGGCCACAGAAGGGGCCACGGCCAGCCUGCGCUGUGAGCUGAGCAAGGCGGCCCCCGUGGAGUGGAAGAAGGGGCCUGAGACCCUCAGAGCCGGGGACAGACUCAGCAUGAAGCAGGACGGGGCCGUGUGUGAGCUGCAGAUCCGAGACCUGGUUGUGGAGGACGCUGGGGAGUACUCGUGUGUGUGUGGGCAGGAGCGGACCUCGGCCACGCUGACCAUCAGGGCUCUGCCCGCCAAAUUCACAAAGAGCUUGAGGAAGGAAGAGGCCACAGAAGGGGCCAAGGCCAGCCUGCGCUGUGAGCUGAGCAAGGCGGUCCCCGUGGAGUGGAAGAAGGGGCUUGAGACCCUCAGAGCCGGGGACAGACUCAGCAUGAAGCAGGACGGGGCCGUGUGUGAGCUGCAGAUCCGAGACCUGGUUGUGGAGGAUGCGGGGGAGUACUUGUGUGUGUGUGGGCAGGAGCGGACCUCGGCCACGCUGACCGUCAGGGCCCUGCCCGCCAAGUUUACAAAGGACUUGAAGAAGGAAGAGGCCACAGAAGGGGCCACGGCCAGCCUGCGCUGUGAGCUGAGCAAGGCGGCCCCCGUGGAGUGGAAGAAGGGGCCUGAGACCCUCAGAGCUGGGGACAGACUCAGCAUGAAGCAGGACAGGGCCGUGUGUGAGCUGCAGAUCCGAGACCUGGUUGUGGAGGAUGCCGGGGAGUACUCGUGUGUGUGUGGGCAGGAGCGGACCUCGGCCACGCUGACCGUCAGGGCCCUGCCCGCCAAAUUCACAAAGGGCUUGAGGAAGAAAGAGGCCAUAGAAGGGGCCACGGCCAGCCUGCGCUGUGAGUUGAGCAAGGCAGCCCCCGUGGAGUGGAAGAAGGGGCCUGAGACCCUCAGAGCUGGGGACAGACUCAGCAUGAAGCAGGACGGGGCCGUGUGUGAGCUGCAGAUCCGAGACCUGGUUGUGGAGGACGCUGGGGAGUACUCUUGUGUUUGUGGGCAGGAGCGGACCUCGGCCACGCUGACCAUCAGGGAUAAUGAGUCCCUGCCUGCCAAGUUUACGAAGGACUUGAAGAAGGAAGAGGCCACAGAAGGGGCCACGGCCAGCCUGCGCUGUGAGCUGAGCAAGGCGGCUCCCGUGGAGUGGAAGAAGGGGCCUGAGACCCUCAGAGCCGGGGACAGACUCAGCAUGAAGCAGGACGGGGCCGUGUGUGAGCUGCAGAUCCGAGACCUGGUUGUGGAGGACGCUGGGGAGUACUCGUGUGUGUGUGGGCAGGAGCGGACCUCGGCCACACUGACCAUCAGGGCCCUGCCUGCCAAGUUUACGAAGGACUUGAAGAAGGAAGAGGCCACAGAAGGGGCCACGGCCAGCCUGCGCUGUGAGCUGAGCAAGGCGGCCCCCGUGGAGUGGAAGAAGGGGCCUGAGACCCUCAGAGCCGGGGACAGACUCAGCAUGAAGCAGGACGGGGCCGUGUGUGAGCUGCAGAUCCGAGACCUGGUUGUGGAGGACGCUGGGGAGUACUCGUGUGUGUGUGGGCAGGAACGGACCUCGGCCACGCUGACCAUCAGGGCCCUGCCUGCCAAGUUUACGAAGGACUUGAAGAAGGAAGAGGCCACAGAAGGGGCCACGGCCAGCCUGCGCUGUGAGCUGAGCAAGGCGGCCCCCGUGGAGUGGAAGAAGGGGCCUGAGACCCUCAGAGCCGGGGACAGACUCAGCAUGAAGCAGGACGGGGCCGUGUGUGAGCUGCAGAUCCGAGACCUGGUUGUGGAAGACGCUGGGGAGUACUCGUGUAUGUGUGGGCAGGAGCGGACCUCGGCCACGCUGACCGUCAGGGCGCCCCAGGUGGGGUUCCGGGAGCCGCUGCAGAGCCUGCAGGUUGAGGAGGGCGCACCUGCCUGCCUGCGCUGUGAGCUCUGGGGGCCUGGCACCGCCGUGGUCUGGAGCAAGGCCGGCCUGGAGCUGCGAGCUGAUGGGCGUCGGGAGUUGCGGAGACAAGGGCCCGUGGCAGAGCUGGUGCUGCGGGAGGCGCGCAGGGAAGACGCAGGGGAAUACACGUGCACCUGUGACUCCCAGGCCACCAGUGCCACCCUCACGGUCACGGCUGCGCCCGUGAGGUUUGUCCAGGAGCUGCAGGCCCAGGAGGUGGGCAAGGGAUCCACGGCACGCUUGCGUUGCGAGCUGAGCCAGGCGGGCACCACUGUGGAGUGGCGCAAGGGUUCCCUGCAGCUCUUCCCCUGUGCCAAGUACCAGAUGGUUCAGGAGGGCCUGGCAGCAGAGCUCCUGAUUCGUGAUGUGGAGCAGGAGGAUGCCGGCCUGUACACCUGUGACACGGGUCACACGCAGAGCACAGCUGCCCUCUCUGUCCAGGUCCCCAGGCCCAAGUUCAAGUCAGAACUGCAGAGCGCAGAGCAGGUGGCCGGGGGUGUGGCUCGACUUCACUGCCAGCUGAGUGAUGUGGAGCCCGGAGCCCCUGUGCAGUGGCUCAAGGAGGGCGUGGAGCUUCACGGGGGCACCAAGUACGAGAUACGGCGCCAGGGGGCCAUGUGUGAGCUGCUGGUCCACGGGCUGGAUGCCGCGGACACGGGCGAGUAUGCCUGCGUGGUGGGCAGCCAGAAAAGCCUGGCCUCCAUCAAGGUUAAAGAGCCUGAGGUCACCAUUGUGCGGGGGCUGGUGGAUGCGGAGGUGCAGGCGGACGGGGAUGCUGAAUUCACCUGUGAGGUGUCGUGCGCCGAGGCUGGGGCUGUGGAGUGGCGCCUGCAGGGCCUGCCGCUGCAGAACAACGACGUGACAGAGAUAUCUGUGCGAGGGGGCUGCACCCACACGCUGCGGCUGAAGGGCGUGACGCCCGAGGAUGCGGGCACCAUCUCCUUCCACCUGGGUCCGCACACGUCCUCCGCUCAGCUCACCGUCCGAGUUACCGAGGUGACCAUCCUGGAGCCCCUGAAGGACCUGCAGCUCAGUGAGGGUCAGGAUGCCCACUUCCAGUGCCGGCUGUCCCGGGCCUUGGGCCAGGAAGCCCACUGGGCUCUGGGGGGCGUGCCCCUGCAGGCCAACGAGAUGAACGACAUCUCAGUGGAACAGGGAGUGCUUCACAAGCUCACCCUACACAAGGUGACCCCCGAGGAUGCGGGCAUUGUCAGUUUCCAGGUGGGCUCCUGUAGUUGCGAGGCGCAGCUGAAGAUCACAGCCAAGAACACGGUGGUGCGUGGCCUGGAGAACGUGGAGGCCCCCGAGGGCGGGGAGGCGCUGUUCGAGUGCCAGCUGUCGCAGCCGGAGGUGGCGGCGCACACGUGGCUGCUGGACGACGAGCCGGUACACAGCUCCGACAGGGCUGAGGUCGUCUACUUUGAGGACGGCCUGCGGCACCUGCUCCUGCUCAAGAGCCUGCGGCCGCAGGACAGCUGCCGCGUGACCUUCCUGGCAGGGGAUGCCGUCACAUCUGCUUUCCUCACGGUCAGAGGCUGGCGCCUCGAGGUCCUGGAGCCCCCUCAGGAUGUGUCGGUGCGUGCCGGGGAGCAGGCGCACUUCCGCUGCACGCUGAGCGAGGCUGUGCCCGUGGGAGAGGUGUCCUGGUACCUCAACGGGGCCGCUGUGCAGCCUGACGACGCCGACUGGACCGUCACAGCGGACGGUAGCCACCAUGGUCUGCUGCUCCGCAGUGCCCAGCUCCACCACGCUGGCGAGGUCACCUUCGCUGCCCGAGAGGCUGUGGCCACUGCUCGGCUCAGUGUGCUCGGCCUCCCCGACCCCCCCGAGGAUGCAGAAGUGGUUGGUCGCACUGGCCACUCUGUGACGCUGUCCUGGGUGGCGCCCUCCAGUGACGGUGGUGGUGGCCUCUAUGGCUAUCGGGUGGAGAUGAAGGCAGCCACCACGGGCGAAUGGCAGCUGUGCCAGGAGCUGGUGCCCGGGCCUGAGUGUGUGGUGGAAGGCCUGGCCCCUGGGGAGACCUACCGCUUCCGCGUGGCAGCUGUGGGGCCUGCAGGUGCCGGAGAGCCUGUGCACCUGCCCCAGACUGUGCGGCUCGCAGAGCCAUCAGCACCCAGCCCUGAGAGCCGACAGGUGGCAGCGGGCCAGGACCUGUGUCUGGAGUGUGAGGUGGCCGAGACAGGCGAGGUCACCUGGAUGAAGGGCACGGAGCGUGUUCAGCCCAGUGGGCGCAUCCAAGUUCUGUGCCAGGGCCGACGGCAGAUGCUGGUCAUCCGGGGUGUCACGGCGGAGGACCAGGGCGAGUACCGCUGUAGCCCAGCCCAGGGCCCCGCGCCUGCGGCAUUCCAGGUGCUGCUGACCCCAGGGUCUGGGGCUGAGGUCCCCGCGCAGCCCAGCCUGCCCCCCGAGGCCGCCCAGGAGGGAGACCUGCACUUGCUGUGGGAGGCCCUGGCCCGGAAACGCCGCAUGAGCCGGGAGCCCACGCUGGACUCCAUCAGCGAGCUGCCCGAGGAGGACGGGCGCCCGCGGCAGGAGGCUGAGGAUGUGGCCCCUGACUUCUCUGAGGACUACUCCACGGCCGACGAGCUGGCCCGCACCGGCGAGGCCGACCUCUCGCACACCAGCUCUGACGAUGAGUCCCGGGCGGGCACUCCUGCCCUGGUCACCUACCUCAAGAAGGCCGGUGGACCUGUGCUCUCACCACUGGCCAGCAAGGUUGGGGCCCCAGCAGCCUCCUCUGCAAAGCCACAGGUGGGGCAAGGCCAGCUGGUUACGGAGCACCCCCCUCUGGGAGAUCUGUCUGCGGGGGAUCUGGGCGACCCCUCCCUGGACAAGGCUGCCGUGAAGAUCCAGGCUGCCUUUAAGGGGUACAAGGUUCGGAAGGAGAUGAAGCAGCAGGAAGGGCCUGUGUUCAGCCGCACAUUUGGGGACACGGAGGCACAGGUAGGGGACGUCCUGCGUCUGGAGUGUGUGGUGUCCAGCAAGGCGGACGUGCGGGCCUGCUGGCUGAAGGAUGGCGUGGAGCUGACCGACGGCCGGCACUACCACAUCGACCAGCUUGGGGACGGCACCUGCUCCCUGCUGGUCACUGGCCUGGGCCGUGCAGACGCUGGCCGCUACACCUGUCAGGUGCUCAGCAGGUUUGGCCAAGCAACCCACAGUGCCUGUGUGACAGUCAGCGGGACGGAGAGCGAGGCCGAGAGCUCCUCGGGGGGCGAGCGGGACGACACCUUCCACCGGGCCGCCCGGCGGCUGCACCGCCUCUUCCGCUGCAAGGGCCCGCUGGAGGUCUCGGACGAGGAGCUCUUCCUGAGCGCGGAUGAGGGCCCUGCCGAGCCCGAGGCCCCUGGAGACUGGCCCACGUACCGUGAGGACGAGCACUCAGUCUGCAUCCGCUUUGAGGCUCUGGCCGAGGCCCAGCAGGCAGCUGCCCGCUUCCAGGAGAUGUUCGGCACGCUGGGCAUCAGGGUGGAGACCCGCGUGCUGGAGCAGGGCCCCCGGGGAGUGGAGGUGCAUAUCGGGAAGGUGGCGCCUGGCCCCACCACCACAGAGGCAGCCCCAGUGUUCCUCACUGAGCUGCAGAAUCAGGAGGUGCUGGACGGGUACCCCGUGAGCUUUGACUGCGUGGUGACUGGCCAGCCAGUGCCCAGCGUGCGCUGGUUCAAGGAUGGACGGGUGCUGGAGGAGGAUGACCACUACAUGAUCAGCGAGGACCAGCAAGGCGGCCACCAGCUCAUCAUCACAGCCGUGGUCCCCACAGACAUGGGGGUCUACCGCUGCCUGGCCGAGAACAGUGUGGGCGUGUCCUCUACCAAGGCUGAGCUCCGUGUGGACCUUACCAGCACAGACUACGAUACAGCGGCCGACGCCACGGAGACCUCAUCGUACUUCAGCGCCCAAGGCUAUCAGUCCAGUCGGGAGCAGGAGGGUACGGAGUCCACCUCGGAGGACGGGCAGCUGCCGCAGGUGGUGGAGGAGCUGAAGGAAGUGCAGGUGGCCCCGGGCGCACGCCUGGCCAAGUUCCAGCUCAAGGUGAAAGGCUACCCGGCACCCCAAGUGUACUGGUUCAAGGACGGGCGGCCCCUGACCGCCUCCGAGCACAUCCGAAUGGCUGACAGGAAGGCGCUGCACACCCUGGAGAUCCUCUCGGUCACCAGGGAGGACGCCGGCCAGUACUCGGCCUACGUCAGCAACACAGUGGGCGCUGCCUACUCCUCCGCCCGGCUGCUGGUCCGAGGCCCAGGUGAACCAGAAGAGGAGCUGGCGUCAGGAGUGCAUCCGCAGCUGGUGCCCCCCCGCAUCCUGGAGAGGUUCACCUCCAAGAAAGUGAAGAAGGGCUCCAGCAUCACCUUCUCAGUCAAGGUUGAAGGGAGUCCGGCUCCUGUCGUGCACUGGCUGCGGGAUGAGGCGGGGCGAGGCGUGCUGUGGAUCGGUCGGGACACGCCAGGCUACACGGUCGCCAGCUCUGCCCAGCAGCACAGCCUUGUCCUGCUGGACGUGGGAGCCCAGCACCGGGGCACCUACACCUGCAUUGCCACCAACGCCGCUGGCCAGGCCCUCUGCUCUGCCCGUCUGCACAUCUCUGGCUUGCCCAAGGAGACUGAGCCCAUGGAGGACCAGGCCGAGGUGAAGGCUGCUCUCAUCUCUUCCUUCCUGCAGGGGACCCAGGCCGUCUCGGCACAGAUGUCGGGCUCUGUAAGUCUCACUGAGCUUGCUGGUCAGAGGACAGGAGCGUCUCCUGCCGAAGAGGAAGCUCGCAGCCACCUGUCCCUGGCAGAGGUGGGCACAGAGGAGUUCCUGCAGAGGCUCACUACCCAGAUCACAGAGAUGGUGUCAGCCAAGUUCACGCAGGCCAAGCUGCAGGUUCCUGGUGGGGACAGCGACGAGGAGUCCCGGACACCAUCUGCGUCCCCCCGGCAUGGUCGCUCCCGUCCGUCCUCCAGCGUCCAGGAGUCAUCUUCGGAGUCGGAAGAUGGGGACUCCCGGGGCGAGAUCUUUGACAUCUACGUGGUCACUGCGGACUACCUGCCCCUGGGGGCGGAGCAGGACGCCAUCACACUGCGUGAGGGCCAGUAUGUGGAGGUGCUGGACUCGGCCCACCCGCUGCGUUGGCUCGUGCGGACCAAACCCACCAAGUCCAGCCCCUCUCGGCAGGGCUGGGUGUCCCCUGCCUACCUGGACCGACGGCUGAAGCUGUCCCCUGAGUGGGGUCCCACUGAGGCUCCUGAGUUCCCUAGAGAGGCCAUGCCUGAGGCUGAGUACAAGACGCGGCUGAGCUCCACCAUCCAGGAGCUGCUGAGCUCAGAGCAGGCGUUUGUGGACAAGCUGCAGUUCCUGGAGAGCCACUACAUACAGCACCUCGACCGCUCCCCUCACGUGCCCCCUGCCGUGGCCAGCCAGAAGGCUGUCAUCUUCCGCAACGUGCAGGACAUCAGCCACUUCCACAGCAGGUUUCUUCAGGAGCUGCGGGCCUGUGAAACGGAUGACGAUGUGGCCAUGUGCUUCAUCAAGAACCAGGUGGCCUUUGAGAAGUACCUGGAGUUUCUGGUGGGGCGCGUUCAGGCGGAGUCCGUGGUGGUCAGCACAGCUGUGCAGGAGUUCUACAAGAAGUACAUGGAAGAGGCGCUGUCGGCGGACCCCUCCCAGCCGCCCCCGCCGCCACUGCAGCACUUCCUGGAGCAGCCUGUGGAGCGCGUGCAGCAGUACCAGGCCCUGCUCAAGGAGCUGAUCCGCAACAAGGCACGGAACAGGCAGGCCUGUGCCCUGCUGGAGCAGGCCUACGCCGUGGUGUCCGCGCUGCCGCGGCGCGCUGAGGAUCGGCUGCACGUGUCGCUCAUGGAGAACUACCCCGGCACCCUGGAGGCCCUGGGCGAGCCCAUCCGCCAGGGCCACUUCAUCGUGUGGGAGGGGGCUCCGGGCGCGCGGAUGCCCUGGAAGGGCCACCACCGGCACGUCUUCCUGUUCCGCAACCACCUGGUGGUCUGCAAGCCCAAGCGAGACUCGCGCACCGACACCUUCAGCUACGUCUUUAGGAACAUGAUGAAGCUCAGCAGCAUUGACCUGAACGACCAGGUGGAGGGGGACGACCGUGCCUUUGAGGUGUGGCACGAGCGUGAGGACUCUGUGCGCAAGUUCCUGCUGCAGGCGCGGACGGCCACCACCAAGAACUCCUGGGUCAAGGAGAUCCGUGGCAUCCAGCAGCGCCUUGCUCUGCCCGUCUGGCGCCCCCCAGACUUCGAGGAGGAGCUGGCUGACUGCACUGCUGAGCUGGGUGAGACGGUGAAGCUGGCCUGCCGUGUGACAGGCACACCCACGCCUGUGGUCAGCUGGUACAAAGAUGGGAAGCCGGUGGAAGUGGACCCUCACCAUAUCCUUAUCGAAGACCCUGAUGGCUCCUGUGCUCUCAUUCUGGACAAUCUGACCGGUGCAGACUCCGGCCAGUACAUGUGCUUUGCAGCCAGUGCCGCCGGCAAUGCCAGCAGCCUGGGCAAGAUCGUGGUACAAGUGCCCCCGCGGUUUGUGACCAAGGUCCGAGCUAUGCCCUUCGCGGAAGGAGAGGAGGCCCAGGUGACCUGCUCCAUUGAAGGCACCCCGCACCCUCAGAUCAGAUGGUACAAGGAUGGAGCCCUGCUGGCCCCCGGGGGCAAGUACCGGAUGCUGAGUGAACCUCGAAGUGGCAUGCUGGUGCUCGAGAUCCGGGCAGCUGGUGUGCAGGACCUGGGCCACUAUGAGUGUGAGUUGGUUAACCGGCUAGGAUCGACACGUGGCGGCGCUGAGCUGUCUCUGCAGAGCCCGACACCAAGAGUUCGAGAGCAGGUGGCUGCUGUGGAAGGUGCUGCUGUUACGCUCCCAGAGGCCUUGGAGCCCAUGGACCAGGAAGUAGGAGAUGUCCCCAGGACAGUGGAAAGCCAGGAAGCUCCCAGACCGGCUGUAGGGGGUCACACAGGCCCCAGCGCUGGCCCUGGGGGGCUGCCUGAGCAACGGGCAGCAAGUCCUCAGGGCGUGGGUGCAGCGUCUGCUGAACCCUCCCGGAUGGUGCCACAGCCCCUUCCCGACGUGGGCCCGCAGCAUGACUUGGGCACCGAGACCCAGGAACGGAUCGUGCCCAUCCGGAUGGAGGGUGCAGUUUGGCCUGUGGCAGGCACAGCAGAACCCCUCUGGGACGUCCACAGCCAUGUGAUUACGGAGACCACCCACAGGACAAUCGUGUAUCAGGCUGGUGACGCAGGGGCGACAAAGCCCCCAUCCAUGCAGGUCACCAUCGAGGAUGUGCAGGUGGAGAGAGGUGGCACUGCCCGCUUCCAGGCAGUCAUUGAGGGCCACCCACAGCCCACGGUGAAUUGGUACAAGAACAACGUCCAGCUGGCAGAGGGGCCCCGGCUGGUCCCACUGCAGGAAGGAACCACCUAUUCUCUGGAGCUGAGGGAUGUAGCCCAUAGCGAUGCUGGUGUCUACACCUGCCUGGCCCACAACGCUGGUGGUCAGGUGCUGUGCAAGGCGGAGCUGCUGGUGCAGGGCGGAGAAGAUGAGCAGGACUCAGAAAAGCAAAGCUUCCGGAGGAAACUGCACUCCUUCUAUGAGGUCAAGGAGGAGAUUGGAAGGGGUGUGUUCGGAUUUGUGAAGCGAGUCCAGCACAAAGGGAACCAGAUGUCCUGUGCAGCCAAGUUCAUCCCGCUGCGUAGCAAGACACGGACCCAGGCAUACAGUGAGCGCGACAUCCUGGCUACACUGAACCACCCAUUGGUCACUGGACUGCUGGACCAGUUUGAGACCCGGAAGACCUUGAUCCUCGUCCUGGAGCUGUGCUCAUCAGAGGAGCUGCUGGACCGUCUGUUCAAGAAGAGCGUGGUGACUGAAGCUGAGGUCAAGGUCUAUAUCCAGCAGCUGGCCGAGGGGCUGCAUUACCUGCACAGCCAUGGUGUCCUCCACCUGGACAUAAAGCCCCCCAACAUCCUGAUGGUGCACCCUGCUCGUGAAGACAUCAAAAUCUGCGACUUUGGGUUUGCCCAGCGAGUGAACCCGACGGAGCAGCAGUACAGCAAGUAUGGCUGCCCCGAGUUCGUGUCCCCUGAGAUCAUUGAGCAAGAGCCUGUGAGCGAGGCCUCUGACAUCUGGGCGAUGGGAGUCAUCUCCUACCUGAGCUUGACCUGCUCGUCUCCCUUUGCGGGCGAGAGUGACCGUGCCACCCUCCUGAACGUGCUGGAGGGCCGGGUGUCCUGGGCCAGCCCCACCGCUGCCCACCUCAGCCAAGAGGCCCGGGACUUCAUCCAGGCCACGCUGCAGCGGGCCCCGCAGGCCCGGCCCAGUGCUGCCACGUGCCUGGCGCACCCCUGGUUCCAGAAAUCCGUGCCCGCGGAGGAGGCGCACUUCAUCAACACCAAGCAGCUCAAGUUCCUCUUGGCGCGCAGCCGCUGGCAGCGCUCCCUGAUGAGCUACAAGUCCAUUCUGGUCAUGCGCUCCAUCCCCGAGCUGCUCAGGGGCCCGCCCGACAGCCCGUCCCUCGGGGUGGCCCGGCACCUGCGGAGAGACACCAGCGCCUCCUCCAGCUCCUCGUCCUCCUCCGACACGGAGCUCACACCCUUCGUCCGGGCCAAGUCCCUGCCCCCGUCGCCAGUGACCCACUCCCCGCUGCUGCACCCCCGGGGCUUCCUGCGGCCCUCGGCCAGCCUCCCCGAGGAGGCUGAGGCCGGCCCGCCCGCCGGGCCCCUGCAGGCGGGGCUCCAGGACGCCGUGCCACCGGCUGUCCCCGGCUGCGUGCCCCGGCAGAGCAUCAUCCGCAGCCUGUUCUACCAGCAGGCCGGGGAGGGCCCCGGCUCCGGCAGCCGGCGGCACCCGGCCCGGCGGCGGCACCUGCUCAAGGGCGGCUACUUUGCGGGUGGCCUCCCUGGCCUGCGGGAGCCCCUGCUGGAGCAUCGCGUGCUGGAGGAGGCUGCUGGGGAGGAGCCGGCCGGCCCGCCCACCUCGGAGACCGCCGGCCAGAGCCUCUGCACUGAGGCUGGCCGAGAAGGGCACUGUCCGGCCCCAGCUCCCUCAGGCCUCCAGGGGGACAACCGGCCAGGGGGACUUGCACUGGGGGCUGCUGCCCCGGCUCUGUUUCCACUCGCUAGUGGCCCUGGGGGCUCCCCUCAGCAGCAAGGGUCAGUCCAGGACAGCCACGGGGGGCAGCUCCCGCCGCCUCUGGGUCGUGAGCCCCCUGCAGCUGUCAGACCACCCUGCCCUGGCUCCGUCCCCCCAGAGACCUGCCUGGCACCCUCCAGCCUCCUCUCUGGGGAGGGCACCCCCUCCCUGGGUCCUCAGUCAGGGCCGGCGCCCCCGCUGGGCUCGGAGCCUGGCUCCUCCCUGGACGAGGACCUGGCCCAGGAGGAGUCUGUGCUCAGCCCCCCUCGGCCUCAGGAGGCAACAACACGCAAGUUCUCCCUGGGCUUUCGCGGGGGCUACGCAGGCGUGGCGGGCUACGGCACCUUCGCCUUCGGGGGGGAUGCAGGGGGCAUGCUGGGGCAGGGCCCCCUGUGGGCCAGGAUGGCCUGGGCCACCUCCCAGUCAUCUGAGGAGCAGGAUGAGGUGGGGACCAAGGGCCUCCCAGCAGCCUCAGAGACCCUGCCGGAGAGUGGCAGCCCGCCCCCCAGGGCCUCCCCAGAGCCCAGCUCCUGGGAAGACUGUGGCCAGGGCCCUGCCGUGUCACUGGUGCAGAUCCGGGACCUGUCAGGUGACUCGGAGCUGGCUGACACUCUGUCCCUGGACAUCUCGGAGGUGGAGCCCGCCUACCUCAAUCUGUCUGACUUGUAUGACAUCAAGUACCUCCCCUUCGAGUUCAUGAUCUUCAGGAAGGUCCCCAAGCCGGCAGCGCAGGAGCCACCCUCCCCCGACUCCGAGGCUGGGGAGGAGCUGGCCGAGAGCCUGGGAGCCCCCUGGCCCUGGCUGGGCCCGGGAGACCUGGAAAUCUCCGAGGAGGCAGACGACAUGCAGGCCCUGCUCGGAGACGUCUCUGGCAGCAGGAAGCGCAAGUGGUCCCCCCCGUCCCACGGCCUCCCGCAGGCGCUGCCAGAGGAGCCAGUGGAGCUGGGGCUGCGCCGCAGGGUCAGGGACUCAGUGGCACACAUCUCCCGCCUCCUGAGGGGCAGGCUCCAAGGGCUGGAGAAGGAGGGCCCCCCCAGGAAGAAGCCAGGCCUAGGGUCCUUACAGCUGAAGAGCAGAGACCAAGCACCGUUGUUCAUUAGGGAACUUGUGGAUGAGACUGUGGUUCUGGGCCAGUCGGUGACUCUCGCCUGCCAGGUACUGGCACAGCCAGCUGCACAGGCCACCUGGAGCAAAGAUGGGGUCCCCCUGGAAAGCAGCAGCCGCCUGCUCAUCUCCUCCACGCUGAAGCACUUCCAGCUGCUGACCAUCCUGGUGGUGGGCGCUGAGGACCUCGGCACGUACACCUGCAGCGUGAGCAACGCGCUGGGCUCGGUGACCACCACAGCCGCCCUGCGGAAAGCAGAGCGCCCCUCAUCCUCCCCGCGCCCGGACAUUGGGGAGGUGUAUGCCGACGGCGUGCUCCUGGUGUGGAAGCCCGUGGAGAGCUGUGGGCCUGUGACCUACACUGUUCAGUGCAGCAUGGAAGGGGGCGCCUGGACCACGCUGGCUUCGGACAUCUUUGACUGCUGCUACCUCACCGGCAAGCUCCCUCGGGGCGGCCUGUACACUUUCCGGACGGCCUGCGUCAGCAAGGCGGGCAUGGGCCCCUACAGCAGCCCCUCGGAGCAGGUCCUCCUGGGGGGUCCCCGCCACCUGGCCCCUGAGGAGGAGAGUGGCCCCACACGGCCGGCCCAGCUGCUGCCCAGCACGCAGACCUUCGCCUUCCAGACGCAGAUCCGAAGGGGUCGCUUUAGUGUGGUGAGGCAGUGCAGGGAGAAGGCCAGCGGACGGGCCCUGGCCGCCAAGAUCAUCCCCUACCGGCCCGCGGACCGGGCUGCGGUGCUGGGCGAGUACCAUGCCCUCAAGGCCCUGCGCCACCCGCACUUGGCCCAGCUGCAGGCGGCCUACCUCAGCCCUCGGCACCUGGUGCUGGUCUUGGAACUGUGCUCUGGGCCCGAGCUGCUCCCCUGCCUGGCGCAGAGGGACUCCUACUCAGAAUCCGAGGUGAAGGACUUCCUGUGGCAGAUGCUGAGUGCUGCCCAGUUCCUGCAUGCCCAGCACAUCCUGCACCUGGACCUCAGGUCUGAGAACAUGAUUGUCACCGAGUACAACCUGCUCAAGGUGAUUGACCUGGGCAGUGCCCAGAGCCUCGCCCAGGAGCGGGUCCAGCCCUCAGAGAGCUUCAAGGACUACGUGGAGACCAUGGCUCCGGAGCUCCUGGAGGGCCAGGGUGCCGUUCCACAGACCGACGUCUGGGCCAUCGGGGUGACGGCCUUCAUCAUGUUGAGUGCCGAGUACCCUGUGAGUGGUGAGGGUCCUCGCGACCUCCAGAAAGGCCUGCGCAAGGGGCUGCUCCGCCUCAGCCACUGCUACGCGGGGCUGUCAGGGGGCGCCGUGGCCUUCCUCUGCAGCACGCUCUGUGUGCACCCCUGGGGCCGGCCGUGUGCGUCCAGCUGCUUGCAGUGCCCGUGGCUGACCGAGGAGGGCCCUGCCGGCCCACAGCCCACAGCCGUGGCCUUCCCCACCUCGCGGCUGCGGGCUUUUGUGCGGGAGCGUGAGAAGAGGCGGGCGGUUCUGUCCAAGAAGUACAGCCUGGGCCUGCGCUAAGACCC